UAUACAUAAGUAUACGAUAAUUUACAUAGAUACAAUUAGUAUAUAGUUCAUGCAAGAGUUUAUAUCUGAGUCAUACAAGCAGCGCUCCUCAAACACCAAGCCAUCAAUACUAAGCCGACUAUUCUCGCUCAAAUAACUUGAUAAAAUACGAAAGAUCCAUUAGCGCCUUUCACUCGAACGAAGGCGAAAUCAGUGCAGCGGUUUAGUUCUAAUCGGCAGUUCUUACACGACAGUUGGGAAGCGACGUUAUUCUGAAUAGAGUGUGUAUAAAAAGCUAUAAAAAGUUGUGAUCUGAAUAUGGUCACUAAUAAGCAUCCGUAUGCUGGCAUACUUGAAUUGCAAGGCGAAAUGAGCAAUGCGUCGGCACCGUCAUCAGCCUACAUGCAAACUGACCAUGUAACUUCAACGCAGCCGAGCAGCAGCGGUGUACAGAUGACAGGUGGGCCUCAGAUGCCUAAUUUUUCGACAAUACCCAUGAAUCCAAAUCCGCCGGUGGGGCCAGAAUCUACAGAAAUACGGUGUCCACAAUGUAAAUGCACCGUGAAGACGACUGUUAGACAUCGUUCGACCGCAAAAACUCAUUUGGCUUGUAUACUGCUUUCGUGGACUUGUUGUUGUUGCUGUUUGCCGUACUGUAUGAACUCAUGCCGAAAUGCGAAUCAUUUCUGCCCCAUGUGUGGCACUUUCAUAGGCACCUAUCAAUCAUAAGUGCGCAUAAAGAGAGCAAAAAAGGAGAGCUUACCAGUAAAACGUGUUAUCAAUAUGUUGUACAUGCUAAUAUAUGUACGUUUGUGAACAUUCCAUAAAUAAACGAUUACAUUUCCAUACGUA